AUGAGCUCCCAGUUCCGCUCUGCCUACGGCAUGAUCCGGUGCUGGUGGGGAACACGCCAACAGGCGCGCACGGACUGGGUCGCUUUCUACCGCGAGGAAAGCUUGAAAUUGGAACAGAAGCUCCGUUUGCCCCCGACCGCUACAAGCCCCUUCCCCCAUCCUCAACCCACAGACCGCAUCCUCCCCCUCCUAGCAGUAGAGCACAUCAUCAUCCUCCCCAACUAUAAAGAGUCCCUCGGCACCCUCAGGGAGACGCUCGACGUGCUCGCUUCCCACCCGUUGGCGAAUAGGAUGUACAAGGUCUGCUUGGCCAUGGAGGAGCGCGAGUCUGGGAGCGGGGAAAAGGCCGCUCUCCUCGCAGACGAGUAUGGACGCGCAUUCCUCGAGAUCGCCUACUGCCUCCAUCCCGCUGGCAUACCCGGUGAAUCCGCAGGCAAGAGCAGCAACGUCGCCUGGGCAAGCCGCUUCAUGGCUGCGCGGGAGAUGGACAACCCGACCCGCCUCGCCCGCCAGGUCGUCACGGUCAUGGACUCGGACACGUGUUUUGCUGCAGACUUUUUCCUCUCCAUCGCCGUCAAGUUUGCCCUUGCACCCCCGGACGAUAGGGACAGGAUUAUGUUCGCGCCCCCGAUCUUGUUUGACAGGAACCAGGAUGAGGUGCCCGUGUUCACCAGGGUGACGGAUAUAAUGUGGGCUUGCGCCGGUAUUGGAGGGCUCUAUCCUAGCUCGACGGUCAAGAUCCCCACUUCGGCGUACUCGGUCUCGAUGGGAUUGGCAGUUUAUGUCGGGUUCUGGGACGCGGGCCCGGAGGCGAUCGGCGAGGAUAUGCAUAUGUUCACAAAGUGCAUGUUUGAUACGUGUGGUCAUCUUAAGGUGGAGACGAUCUAUUCCCCAGCAUCGCAGUGCAACGUCGUCGGUGCUCCUGCGAGCUCGCGAGUCCAAAGGCUGAUAAACGACGCCGGUGCACGGUGGACGCAGGCUAUCCGUCAUAUGUGGGGUUCGCUGGACACGGGGUACGCAUGGAACCGCGCUUUAACCCAGAACUUUGGCCCUUCCAAGGAUCGUGGCAACCUCCAUCUCCUCAUGCUCGACUCUCGCUCUGUCUCCCCUAUCCCCUUCCCUUCUUCUGCCGCGACGGUCAUUGCGGGCAGUACGAGCGAGGAAGGGAGCCAGCCGUCCAGUCCCAGCCCGAGUAUUUUGGAAAACGAGAGCGAGAACGAGUUCCCCCUCACUGGCACCGUCUCCCCCGCCACGACGCUCGUAGGUGAGGAAGUGACGCUCCUAGCCGCAGGUGCAGACGGGUCGCUGUUCAACGCUUCUUCCCUUCUUGCCCCUUCCCCUCUGCUCAAACCCCAGCAUAUGAUCCCCCUCUCCCCUCCUUCGGCAUGGAAGACCGCACCGACAAGGAUCUGGCCCAUGCUUGUCCUCCUCUCAAGACUGUACGAAGCGCACAUCAUGAUCGCCCAUUUCUUCCUCAUGGUAACGAUCAUGAACUUUUACCCCUCGGUCGUCUACUCCAACGGCUCUUUCGCACUCAUGAACUACUUCACGGCGCCUUCCUUGGCGUGGAGCAUGUUCCGCACGCCGUACGCCGCUACCCCGCCCGCAGCUGCAGUUGCAGCCUCGGCCUGGGGCUGGCUGCUGGGUGGUGCCCCUCUUCCAACAGGCGCAAGCGUAGUAUGGGUCAUGCCAGACCUGGUUGCCGCCUCGCUCAAAGCGUGCAAACUCAUUUCCGGAGCCGGGUUCGCCUUCUCUGUCGUUAUGGUACUCAUGCAUGACUUUUAUCAUCGGGAAGCAGCUGGUAAGCGCUGGGAUGCUAGUGCGCGCGCUUCGGCUUCGUACGCUAUUCCGGGUGAGGAACUGGACGAGGAAGAGAAAAUUGCAUCCAGUUCGGAGGAAGCGGCGCUCUCCUUCCCCCCCCAGUACCUAGGCAUUCGGCCACACCAAACAUCGCGCAGGCACCUUCCCUGGUGCAUGCUAGACUUUGUCGCUAUCCCCUGCGGGCUCGCGUUUGGAGUCGCACCGCUCAUCGUAGCGCAGUUCAGGCAUGUGUGGACGAAUAAACUCAUGUACACCGUUUCUGCCAAGCCGACGGUGCAGGCGGUUUUGGAGAGGGAUGUGGUACUGGGGGUGGGGGUGGUCGAGGAGGGGGUUAUGAGCGGGGUGAGGGUGGGCGGGGGGGUGAGGCUGGGGGGCGUGGGGCUGGGGGGCGUGGGGCUGGGAGGGGGGAAGGAUAAGAUGGAGAUGGAGGUGCUUGGAGUGGAAGUCGUGAGGGAAGAAGUCGAGUUGGUCGUAUGACCACCCGGUCCGGAUCGGGAGCGACAUGCCCUGCUCUCGCCCGAGAAGCCCCUGCUGCUCGGUCUGAUACCCCUGCUUGUCCGUGCAGGAGCGGGACGACAACAUGUGAAAUGAACACCUCAACCUCAACCUCGCAGGUUUUGCCACCUUGUCUUUCGCCCUCCGCACAUUCUUCCCUCUCUACCGCACCUACCCACCCCGAACCCCGAACCCCCUCGCCACCCUGCCGCCCAUCCUACGUCGACAGGGACUAAUGAUCCUCCGUCUCUAUGUGCAUUUGCCGUUUUUUCAACCUCAACCCCCGACACUUAACGCUCGACACUCAACGUUCGACUCGAUCCCACCUAGCUUGCAACAAUUGUCUAUUACUUCAACUUCAACUUCAACUUGCCUUUUCUUCUCGCCAUGCUUCAUGCUUCAUGUUCCGUGUCCAUGUUUCAUGUUCCGUGUUCCAGACUUGUCGCGUCCUAUUGCCCGCUUAUGCCCACCUGCACGGUCAACACCACCAUCACCUUCCCGUGCCCCUCGCAUCCACCGAAUUAAUAGACUUCAUGCGCAACACGACCGCGGCCAGGCGGGGGAAACCAACAGAUUUUGCAAAUCAAAUCGUGAAAACGCCGGGGGAGGGGCUUGGACAGGCGUAUUGUACGGACAGUAUGUGUGCAUGCGUUUGUACGUAACGGACAGUUUCGGUCAGACGGCGCACCCGCAUCCCCAUCCUCAUUCAUCCUCAUCCUCAGCUUCAUCCCCAUCCUCAUUCUGCCCAGACUUUGUUUCUGCAACUUCACUUUAUUAUCCCCUCUUGCUCUUAUUGACCGUUCUUUC